UAAAAAUAUGAGUAUUAUGAAUUGGGGCAAUCCAUAUGAUUGGACAGCUGUAGAAUGGUAAAGUGCCACAUGGGGAGAAAGAUUCAUGUAUAUCGACCCUUACUUUUGGAGGUAGAUGCAAAUGAUUAAAUAUCUAGUUAUUUUGGAGUGGCUUUGGCAUUAGCCACAUCAAUUAUAGGGGCAUCAUGGGGUAUAUUUGUGACAGGUGUAUCUUUGUUGGGUUCGACUGUGAAAGCACCACGAAUCAGAUCAAAGAAUUUGAUUUCAGUCAUUUUUUGUGAGGCUGUGGCUAUCUAUGGUGUGAUUAUGGCAAUUAUCAUGAUUGGUAAAGUGCAAACCAUUGAGUCAUACCCUGAGAAUUAGAUGUCAUAAUGCUACACAACAGCUUUGUUCGGUGGUUAUUCCCUCUUUUGGACUGGUGUAUCAGUUGGAUUGUCGAAUCUGAUCUGUGGGUAAAUCGAAUAUGUUAUCAAUUUUAGUAUUGCAGUGGGUGUGACAGGUUCUGGGUGUGCCAUUGCUGAUGCUUAGACUCCAGAAACCUUUGUGAAAAUUUUGGUGGUUGAAAUCUUCGGUUCAGCACUUGGUUUGUUUGGUGUGAUUGUAGGUAUUAUCCAAUGUUCAGGAGCCUCCUUCCUCAAGGAUUGUCUUUGAACUUACACAUUAAAACAUAUAUAUGAUAUUUAUAAUUGC